AUGUCGAAAUCACAAUCAAACAUCUUGCAAGUAGUUGGGGUUGCAGCGUACGUAGGAAGUGAUGGACCGGGGCAAUCAGGCGCCAUAAUGCUCAAGGCGAUCGACACUGUGAAUCGCGAGAAGAAAAACAACCCACAAUUGAUAAAUGCUCCUGUCAGCGAUACCUCAGGCGUACUACCGCCUCCCGACGGUGGACUUCACGCCUGGGCUCAGGUUGUCUCCGGUCACUUCGUCGUAGCCCUGACUUGGGGCUAUGCCGCCAGUUUCGGGGUCUUUCGAAACCACUAUAAAUCAACAAUACCGCAGACCCCUUCCGAUAUAUCAUGGAUCGGCGGUGUCCAGGUUUUCUGUAUUUAUUUCAUCUCGACGUUAUCUGGUCGUGCAACAGACGCUGGAAUGGCAAGACUGGUGGUAGGAGUAGGCGCGGCCCUACUGCUUCUCGGCACCUUCAUGACUAGUCUGGCUACGAAAUACUGGCAGAUCUUUCUGGCGCAAGGGAUCUGCACUGGUAUUGGUCAGGGUCUCAUGUGGUUGCCCAGUAUUACAUUGAUCUCGACGUACUUUGUGCGCCUGCGUGUCUUUGCUGUUACGGCCGCUGCCACGGGAACAAGUACGGGGGGCAUGAUCUUUCCGGCAAUGAUUCAGCAUCUAACCCCAAAGAUCGGGUUCCCAUGGGCUGUCCGGUGCAUGGGAUUUGUUGUCCUCUUCAUGGUAAUAGUUACCCUAGCGCUUCUGCGUCCUCGCCUGCCACCGCGGAAGUCAGGACCACUGGUCGAAUGGGGCGCCUUUAAGGAGCCUGCCUAUAUGCUCUUUAUCUUCGGGGUCUUUCUGUUAUACUGGACCCUAUAUUUUGCCUUCUUCUAUAUACAAGUGUACGCCACCGAGGAGCUCGGACUCUCUGAAGAAGCCGGUGUCAAUUUAAUCAUUGUCACCAAUGCCCUUGGAAUUCCCAUCUGUCCUGCCUUCGGCUAUCUGGCCGAUCGCUAUAUCGGUCCGCUCAAUUGUCUAAUUCCUUGGGUAGCCCUGUGUGGCAUUCUGAUGUUCUGCUGGGCCGCCGUCCAUACUGUGGCCGAGCUAUACGUCUUUGCGGUAUUCUAUGGGCUGGCAUCAGCGGCAGCCAUGGACUUAUUCGCCGGCACUGUCCCUUCGCUGACAAAAGACCUCGACAAAAUCGGCACUCGAGUCGGCAUGGCGCUAUCAAUCAUGAGCGUCGGGCCAUUGACCGGCCCAUCCGUGGCGGGGGCGUUGAUAGCGCGCACAGGGGGCGGCUAUCUGGCGUCGCAGAUGUGGGCAGGGGCAACCUUGAUCGUGGCAGCUUUGGCCCUUGUGGGGGCACGAUUCAUAAUAUCGGGACCACAUCUCCAAGCUAAACUUUGA